AUCACCAUGGACCAGAAGUGUCUCUGGGCAGGCGUAGUGGUCUUGUUGUUGCUUCAGAGAGGAUCUGCCUACAAACUGGUUUGCUACUUUACCAACUGGUCCCAGGACAGGCAGGAACCAGGAAAAUUCACCCUGAGAACAUUAUCCUUUCUAUGCUCUCACUUCAUCUACUCAUUCUCAGACAUCAGUAACAACAAGAUCAUCAUCAAGGACAAGAAUGAUGCGAUGCUUUAUCAGACCAUCAACAGUAUGAAAACAAAGAAUCCCAAAAUUCUCUUGUUCAUUGGGGGUUUCGUAUCUGAUUCUCAAAGGUUCCACCCCAUGGUUGAUUCUUCUACAUCACGCUUGGAAUUUGUCAAUUCUGUCACCCAGUUUCUAAGGAACCAUAACUUUGAUGGGUGGGAUGUAAGCUGGAUCUACUCAGAUCUGAAAGACCACAUACAUUUCACACAACGGAUUCAUGAAUUAGCAGAAGCCUUUCAGAAAGAGUUCAUAAAAUCCAGAAAAGAGAAGCUUCUCUUGACUACAGGUGUGUCAGCAGGGAGGUAGAUGAUUGAUAAAAGCUAUCAGAUCGAGAAACUGGCAAAAGAAAUAGAUUUCAUCAACCUCCUGUCCUUUGAUUUCCAUGGAAUUUGGGAAAAACCCCUCGUCACUGGCCACAACAGCCCUCAGAGAAAGGGGAAACAGGACAGUGGGUCAAACUCCUAUUACAAUGUACAAUAUGCUGUGGAGUACUGGAUAAACAAAGAAAUGCCUGCAAAGAAGGUGCUUAUGGGCAUCCCCACGUAUGGGCAUACUUUCACACUGUCCACUGCAGAAACUACUGUGGGGGCCUCUGCCUCCGGGCCUGGAGCUCCUGGACCUAUCACCAAGUCUCCAGGCUUCCUGGCCUAUUAUGAGAUCUACCAGUUCCUGCAGGGAGCCAGCAUCACAAGAUUGCAAGAUCAGCAGGUUCCUUAUGCAAUGAAGGGAAACCAGUGGGUGGGCUAUGAAGAUGUGGAAAGUGUGGAGACUAAGGUAUUUCAAUUUCUAAAGAAUUCAAAGCUGGGAGGAGCCAUGAUCUGGUCUAUUGAUAUGGAUGAUUUCACUGGCAAAUCCUCCAGCGAAUUGAAUUUGGGUCACUACCCUCUUGUCCAGGCUGUGAAGAGAAGCCUUGGCCCUCUAUGA